AUGCGCUGUGAUGGAGAGCCCACACGUUGGGCUUAUUGCAUCUCUGCAAAGCCAGGUGGAGAGCAGCGGAAAGGGCUGACUCGUCCCAGGGAGAGCGGAGAGGUGGGAGGGGUUUGACCCUCGUUGCCUCUGUCAUCACUUCAGAAAGCAACACUGUGAAAGGACUGGGAGCAGGAGUGUCGGAUCCCUCGGAUGGGACAUUCAACAAGGGGGAUACUUGCUGCUGUUUGAGUUUGAUUUCCUCAAAGAGAUUCUGACUUCUGUGAUUGAAAGACUUUGGGCUUGCUCUCGACAUGGAGCCAGGUUGAAUUUGGAUUGUCUGGAUUUUAAAUAUAGAGGGAUUUGGGUGUGGAUCAGAAUGCUGAUGUGGAGCACCUGAGGUUUGGGACGUAGCAUGUUUGGUUUCUCCAAGAUGCCAAAGCUAUCCGGCCAUAAGAACAAAAUGUCCGGCUGGCCGCCCCCGGGCCCGGGCUCCUGGAGUGGCCUUCAGGGGCCUCCGUAUAGCUGGGACAGCAUGAACAGCAGCAGGGAGGGACGGGACUGCCUCACCAGCCAAGUGUCCACCAGCAGCUCCCUGGAGGAGGUUCACCUGGAUGGGGUCCCUCCCGCCCCUCGUCUGAUCGAGAUGAGACGGGAUCCAGUCCUGGGUUUCGGCUUCGUGGCGGGCAGUGAGAAACCGGUGGUGGUCCGCUCUGUCACUCCAGGUGGUCCGUCAGAGGGGAAGCUGCUGCCAGGCGACGAGAUCAUCUUGAUCAACGAUGAGCCCGUCAGCUCGGCCCAGAGAGAGCGAGUCAUCGACCUCGUGAGGAGCUGCAAAGAAUCCAUCGUGUUGACUGUCAUCCAACCGUAUCCUUCCCCUAAAUCAGCGUUCAUCAGCGCAGCCAAAAAAGCCAUGCUCAAGUCCAAUCCGGUCAAAGUGCGCUUUGCAGAGGAGGUCAUUAUAAACGGCCAGGUUCCAAACCCGGUGAAGGACAACGCUCUUCUGUUCAUGCCAAAUGUCCUCAAGGUCUACCUGGAGAACGGGCAGACCAAGUCUUUCCGCUUCGACAGCAGCACCUCUAUCAAGGACGUGAUCCUGACCCUGCAAGAGAAGCUGUCAAUCAAAUGCAUCGAGCACUUCUCCCUGGUGCUGGAGCAGAGGGAGGAAGGCUCCGGAAGCAAGCUGCUCCUCCUGCACGAACAGGAGAUGCUAACUCAGGUGACUCAGAGGCCCGGCUGUGACAAGAUGAAGUGUUUCUUCAGAGUCAGCUUCGUGCCCCGGGACCCCGUGGAGCUGCUGCGGAGAGACGCCGUGGCGUUUGAAUACCUCUAUGUACAGAGCUGUAACGAUGUGGUCUUGGAGCGGUUCGGCCCCGAGCUGAAGUACGACGCUGCGCUGCGAUUGGCCGCCCUGCAGAUGUACAUCCUCACCAUGACGACCAGGCAGAGUCAGAAGGUGUCACUCAAAUACAUCCAAAAGGAGUGGGGUCUGCCGCUGUUCCUGCCUCCCGUCGUGCUGUCCAGCAUGAAAGAGAAGAACAUCAAGAAAGCUCUGACGCACAUCCUCAAAACCAACCAGAACCUCGUGCCUCCGGGGAAAAAACUGACCGCUUUGCAGGCCAAGGUGCAUUACCUGAGGUACCUCAGUGAGCUCAGACUGUACGGAGGGAGGGAGUUCAAGUCCAUACUGUUGCAAGGGGAGAAGCAGACGGACGUGACCCUGCUAGUGGGUCCGCGUUAUGGCAUCAGUCAUGUCAUCAACGCCCGGACCAACCUCGUGGCCCUGCUGGCUGAUUUCAGCCACGUCAACCGCAUCGAGAUCCUCACCGAGGACGAGACCAACGUCCGACUGGAGCUGCAUGUCCUGGACGUCAGGCCCAUCACGCUCAUCAUGGAUUCCAGUGAUGCAAUGAACCUGGCCUGUUUAACAGCGGGCUACUAUCGCCUCCUGGUGGACGCAAGGAGAUCCAUCUUCAGCGUGCCACACAGUAACAGCUCUGGAGGGGAGGAUCCAAGUCAGGAUCGUGUCCUGGAGUGGCCGUACAGCACGUCUUUGGGCUACAACGAGGAGCCGAUCCAGGGAGAGGUCUACAACAGGGACUCCCGAUAUUCCGACAACGGGCAGAGAGAGAACAGCGUCUCUCCGUAUUUCCACGAGCCCCAAAACCCCGACAGAGACCCUCGGGAGAGGAGGAGUCCUGUGCCGCCUCCUCUUCCGCCCGCCACCAGACACAGAACUCAAGACUCGCCUCGGAGCGCCAAAGUGUCGUUUAUUUUCGGGGGGGACCCGCCCUUGAACAAGCCGAAGAACUCGGGCUAUGAAAGACUGUUGGAGAGCCCCGAGGAGCCCGAACACAGGCAGCCCUACAUGCACAAUCAUUCAGACUUCCGGGGUCAGGACAGGGUGCCGUUUCAGUUCAGCGGGCUGACUCACGUCUACAGUAACAUUAUAAGCGAAGAAGGGGCCGAGGAGCCGGUGCUGAGGGAUUUAUUUUAUAGGGACACGACGGAUGACGCGGAGGACGACGACGACGCGUCCUGCGAGGAGGACUCCACGGGGGGGACGCCUGUCGGUGACGAGAGAGGAGGCGGCGGUGAAAAUGGCGGCGGCCAAGGAGGAGGCGUGGCAACGGCGGCCGGCAAGGCCACCUUCCUGAAAAUGUCGGGCUCCACCGAUGACAUCAUCGACCUCACGGCGCUGCCUCCCCCCGAGGGAGACGACGGCGUGGACGAGGACGAGGACGACACGCUGCUGCAGACGCUCAACCUCGCGAUAGCGGCGCCACCGCCGGGCUUUCGGGACAGUUCGGACGAGGACGCGAUGCCCGAGGGGAGGCCGCUGAGCGCGCGCGGGAACGACGACAUCCCGGUGUCGUUGAUCGACGCCGUUCCAACCGAUGAGGAGGGGGAGGAGAGCGGAGGAGGGGAGAGGCGGCUGGAGAAUGCGGUCAUGCAUACGCUGCAGGCACUCGAGGCUUUGUCCGUGUCUGAGCAGAGGCCGCCACCGCCACCGCCACCCAACAGUAAUAAUCAAGGUGCCUACGCAUCCCAAGGCUUCAGCCCAGAGUCGUCCUCUGAUUCUGGCAACGAGACCAACUCCUCAGAGAUGACGGAAAUCUGCGAACUUGCCGCUACCCACCGGCUCAGCGAGAGCCACAUGCGUCUUCUGGUCGCCACGAGGGAAGGCUACCAACCUUUGCUCGAGGAGAAGACGGAAUUUCCUGUCUCGCCCAGCACGACGGGAACGAUACAGAAGAAACCCCGCAGUCCACCGCGGCACCUUCAGCCCCCGGCGGUACCUCCGAGGCGGAGCCCCCUGUUGGACACGUCCACAUCUGGACAAGCAGCCUCGGACGUCAGGGCCCACGCGAACCUCUCGUCCACUCUCCAGCGGCCGAGUUCAACCACGCCGGGAGGCAAGCAUCAUAAGAAGUCUGCGGACUCCAGUGGGAAGUACAACACCUUCAGCACGAGAGACGGGUAUAGAGGUGAGGGUAGCGGGAUCCGCGGCCGCCUUGACAUGGACCAGCGCACUUCAUUCUGUGAGCGAGGUGAGAGUCAGAGGAGACAAAUUUCUUUUUUGGAAGAAGACUCUGCGGCGGCGGGCCACGGGAUGAACAGCCAUCCCCACGACCAUCACAGAAACCCCCGCCCUUGCUCCUCUACCUCUGACCGCCUGUUAGAUGUGGUCAACAUGGGGGAUGGUCACGCGGAUAAUGGCGCUGCGGGCGUUGAUCAAGAUGAACGUUUGGUUGUGGCGUCGUUGUUAUCCCCAACGAAAAAGCCCAGAACAGGCGGGUCCGAGCAGGGAUCCGACACACAAAGUGACCACCCGCCCAUGUCUAGACAGCAGAGUGUUGCGCGGUUGUGUGAGUACCAUCUCGCGAAACGGAUUUCAAACUUGCAAGGGGAGGCCCACAGCUCCCUGCAGGGUUCUUUGUGCUCGUCGCUGGAUGCUGGCGGCAGCACAAACAGUAGCGCGUGUGCCACCCCAACUGACUCCCCGCUGGGCCCCGGUCCAUUUGAAUCAAAACAUCACCACUUGCAAAGGCACCCACUUUCUAGUUCCUCCUCGUCGUUACUCAGGGUGCUAAACUAUGACGACAACAAACCUCGUGGCAACCCUGGUCAGAGCGCUCAGGGAAAGGACCCCCACCCUCACGCUGACCCCGCCCUCCUCCGGAAAAUGCUGCCCAACAUUCACGCUCCAGCCGAACCGGCCCGACCCUCGUCUGCAACGCCGUCAAAGCAUAAAGAAUCGACAGGAACUGGAAGCAAGAGGGCCCACAAUGAUCUGCAUGCCAAACAACAGGCCCACUUGAAAGGCCUGAAUCAGAAGGAAGGCAGCGAGGCCUACAGGCAGCUGAUUAACUAUCUAACAGUCAGCCAGAUGCAUCAGGGCGGGAAGCUGCACAGUGCAGGCAUGGGAGCGGCGGUGAAAAAGGACACCAGGCGUUUUAUCACAAGCAACCCUCAGCUUGUUGAAAUGGUUAAGAACAGGGGGAACACCAUAGCUCGCUGCCCGUGUAUACCUUCCUCCAUAUCAUCUCCGUUUCUUAGUCCAAAUGUAGUCCCCCCUAACGCGUCAGCCCCCAUGCAGCUGGCAAAUAAAAGUCAGCGCUCAUACCAUUCAGCCACACUGCCUGCCAAACUUAAGAGAAGCCCCGAGAUGCAUUCUCAGACGCUGAACGACAAUCUAGAUUACAGGUCGAGUACUUCGGAGAGAAGAAGCUCCUUUUCUGGCCUGGAAAGUGAACUAGAGAGGAGUGGUAUGGACCCAGAGCAGUUCCUUUCGAUGUAUAAAAGAGAGGGCUGCAUGAGCCCCGAGGGGCGAUUCAUUACAGGUGGAAACCAUGAGGACGGGGGCAACCCUAACCGUCACCCGCCGAGGUCCAGAAGCCAACCGAGUGGCACCACAGACGACUGGUUCAGAUCAGAACCGAGAGCUAAGCAUGCCGUCCGUCAGUCUUCACAUCAACGCCCCAGUGAUUCCCUCUGUUUCUCUGCCGCCCCCAGUGUGAGCGGUCAACAAUUAGACUUCAACACCUUCUCUUUAGGAAGGGGAGACCAUCCUUCAGCUUUUAUCAGGCAGACGUCAACCGGUCCAAGGGCUUGCAUAACUUCUCCAUCUCGCAACCCACAAUCCCCACCUCCUCCUCCACCUCCCCCACCACCACCACCGCCACCACCACCGCCUUCUUCUCUGUUGCCCCUUCCUGUGCAGGCCAACACUAGCUCCAGCAACUCAGGAUGCCAACAGAAUUCCAUCCAUACCAUGCAGUUCCACCCUAACCAGAACCACAUUCAAGCUUUGACCCCGACCCCUCAGACGGAUUCUCUGGGCAACAGCCUGCAACGGGGUCGGGAGCUCAAACGGAGCUCCAGCAAUGUGACGGCGUGUUCCAACAGCGUGGAAGUUCUGUUCGACAAGCCCACUCGAAGCAGGAGCCAGCAGCCCUUGUCACCAUCUGUGCCCCAGCAAGGCGAGACAAAAGUCCAGCGAAGGCCGACGAGGAAGCGACUCUCCAAGAGCUACUCCCAAGGCUCCGUGUCUUCCCACACCUCGUGCUGGAGUACAGGCAGCAGGUUGGACUGCCGGAGGGCUUCGGUUGCGUUUCCAUUGCAGAAAGACGGGAAACACAUAAAGGGCUCUCAGAAACUGGACACCAGCCCCUGGCGAUGCAACGGGCCUUUCAGCUACUGUUUCUUCAAACGCAAGAGUGAGGGCGAGGAGGAAGACGUCGAGUGGGAGAAACCAAGACGAAGCCGCAAGGGGAGUGACAUCAAUGCAAACGACAAUGCUGCCGCUGUGUUCCCAUGUGGCUCGGCGGUGGAUGCAGCCGGGGAGCAGCUGUACGGGGAGGUCCUCAACAACAUGAGCUUCAGCGACCGCCUUGCACGGAUCAACGCGCUCAAGGACCGCAUGUACGGCUUCCCUUCCGGCUUCACCGAUGUCCGCCGCGACGCCAGUGAACUCAUCGCGCUGGUGAGGUCGAGCAUAGGCCGCUGUGACCGCGGCGCCCAGAUCCCUCUGCAGGACGUGGCCCAGUACAAGCAGCUCCUCUCCGUGGAGUCGAAAGAAUUGGGCCGGGCGUGCCGCCGGAUGGCACAAGCCCACGGCACGCCGGAGGAGAUGCUGCUGGCUGUGACUUGUAGUUUCCAGGUGCUGUGCUGCCUCUGCGAAGCCUGCAUGUGUCUGGUCCGAGGGCUCGGCGCUUCAGCCUCGCACCAGCAGAGAGAGGUCGUGGCUAAGGUCGACGAGGUCGUCAUGAACUAUAUAUGUUUGCUCAAAGCGGCCGAGACGGCGACAGUGGGAGCGCCUGGGGAGCACAGCGUGAAAGCCCUGGUCCGCCACUCCAGCACCAUGUCGGCCAUUGCUAACGCACUCACCCGCUCCCUUAAAACGCUGCUUAGCAAGUAGAGGCUACUCCUUAUGCUUUAUAGUGUGGCCUAAGCAGUCAGCAGAUGUCUGUGUUUAAGCAUCUAGAGUCUGAUGUGUUUCACAUAGGGCCUGGAGGGUCUCCAUAUCAGUAUAAAUAAAGUUGCAUCGAGACAUUCAACAGAGGAAGAUGCUUAAAUUUAGCCCAGUCUGACUACACUUGCUUUUUCUGUUGACAAUAUGUAAUGUAUAUUUACAAAGCCAUACUGUCGCAGACCUUUGUUUCAUGAUAUGUACCCAAUAGAUACCCUCCUACCUGUGCAUUAUGUAACUUAUUUAAAAGAUGUAUAUAAUGUAUAUAUACAGUAUACACUAUUAUUUGCUGUAGCAGUUUUAAGAAGCCACUGAGCAUUCAGCUGAGUUCACACUCGACUCUGGAGUGUUUUCACUUUCAGUUUUAACAGUUCAUAAAGUGCAGUUUGACUAAAGAUAUUUAUUAUGAUCACUAUUCAAAAUCAACCUGGAGACAUGCGUGCGCUAAUGUGUCACAGUCGGUCAGGUGUGGAAAAUGUUGCUGUGAUUUUAUUCACAUAAUAAUUGUUGGUUUGUAUGUCUGAGUGAGUGUUUCAAAGGUUAAACUCUGCUGCAUUAUUAUGCAGGUUUCAUUUUGUGUGCAAUGCUUGAGGGGAAUAUUGUUAGGAAUGACACGUAGACAACACAGGGACACUGACAUUUUAAACUGCUUCUUCCUCUUGUUUUUUUUUUUGCAAAGAUGAUUUCCAGAAUGGUAAAUUAUAAGCUCAUCACCAAUCACUGAAUAUUUGGAAAUUAUAUCUACAAUUUAUAAAGAACUAUUUCAGAUUGACCACUGUGUAAAUUCUAAUUGUUUGAACCAUUUGUGUUUUAUUAUCAUCUUGUUUUUUUUUGGGGGGGGGGGGGGUCAUUUCUGUGCUUAAAUGAUUUUAUGAUUUCACACAAUGUUUUGAAGAUGCAGUUGUGUCUCUUGGCAAGAAAUUGUUUUUUUCAAUAUUCCACCAAUCUAUUAAAAAAAAACACAUUUUACAAAUA